CGAUAACGGUCUAAAGCUAGAAUACUCAUAACGCAGGCCACUAUAUUUUUUUGUAUAUCAUAUUUAUAUUGCAUCUAGAUGAAGGAGGAAACUAGUGUGAUAUUUUAAAGAAAAAAUACCACUUUUGGUCCCGGUACUAUUAUGCCACUUCCACAUUUUGUACCAUGCUUCUGAUUUCGCCACAUCUUAUCCCAUCGUUUUAUUCCGUUACCAUUCCUCGUCCUUCCGGUGACAACUCCGACGGGGUUACUAAUUUUAGGUUUUAAUGAAGGUUAUUUUAGUAAACUCACAUCCCUUUUCACUUAUUCCUGCCCAUCCUUAAAUCCUUCGUACAUAGAGCUUCUACCAUCAUCUUCUACCUCUCCUUUGAACCCUAAAUCGGUGGCCCUCAUCCAUCAACUCCUUCGUUCUACCUCUCGUUUGAACUCCAUCGUCGUUCUUCUCACAAGUGGAGCACAAACAACCCAAAAUGUCUACCAGUUAUUCUUCUUCUUCAAAAUCUCGGUAUGAAUAUGGAGAAUGGAUUCCGGUAAAGCAUUGUCAGUGUGGGCUUGAAAUGAAGCUUUUGACCACAUGGAAACAUGAUAACUGUGGGAGAAGGUUUUGGAAAUGCGUGGGAAGUGAGAGAUGUCAGGGGUGUGGCUUCAUGGACUGGUUUGACCCUCCAAUGUGCAAGAGGUCACAGAAAAUUAUUCCUGGGUUGCUGAAAAAAUUGAAUGGCUAUGAAGACCAAAUGCAGCUAUUGCACUUGAAGGUGGAAGAGUUACAAGAAAAUGAAAAGAAGAAAUACAAAAUGAAGAAAAAAAACCCAAAAAUCAUUCAGAUUGCGUGCUUUGUAACAAUUGUUAUUUUUGUAUCCAUGUACGCAUAUAUGUAAUACUUUG